GCUUUUUGCGCUCCACGCUGCCCACAGUCAUUCGCUUUUAUUUAUAAGAAAAAGAAGUGUAAAAAAGUGCCGUCGCACUGGCUUUUUUAUUGAUUCGGGUUCCGAAUCGGUGUUAAUUAAAAGCGUUAAUCAGUCGGGAAGCUCACUUUUGGUCAGUCGCCAGCGAGUUGCGCUCUUAUCAACACUUUUCGCGCGUGUUUUCCCUGCGUGAGUGAAUCUGCUGUAUACUGCAUUUCCAUUUUCAAGGAGAUUAGGCAGCGUAAGGCCACCAAAGCGUUGCAGGAGCGACAUGGACAACACCUCCACCUCUGACAUUGUCAUCAUCAAUGGCAACUCGCAUCCGGAUCUGGCCAACAUGGUGGCCGAGCGUAUGGGCAUUAAGAACGGUGGAUGUUCCGUGUUCCACAAGUCCAAUCGGGAGACAAUUGUGGAGAUAAGUGAUUCCGUAAGAGGCAAGGACAUCUACAUAAUCCAAACGGGCACUAAGGAUGCCAACAAUAACAUCAUGGAGCUGCUGAUUAUGGCCUAUGCCUGCAAGACUUCCUCGGCCCGUUCGAUUGUGGGAGUGAUUCCAUACUUGCCAUAUUCCAAGCAGUGCAAGAUGCGCAAGCGCGGCUGCAUCGUGUCCAAGCUGCUGGCCAAGAUGAUGUGCACCUCGGGACUGACGCACAUCAUCACCAUGGAUCUGCACCAGAAGGAGAUCCAGGGAUUCUUCGACAUACCCGUGGACAAUCUGAGGGCAUCGCCUUUUCUGCUCCAAUACAUUCAGGAGAGCAUUCCUGACUAUCGCAACUCGGUGAUUGUGGCCCGCAAUCCGGGCGUGGCCAAAAAGGCCAACUCCUAUGCGGAGCGACUGCGUCUUGGCCUGGCCGUCAUUCACGGAGAACAGAAGGAGACGGAUGCCGAUGAGGUCGACGGUCGGUACUCCCCUCCACCGACCAGUGCGUAUAGCAAUUUAUUAGGAAAUUCAGUUGAAAUGUGCUUACCAGCGACGCCUAGAAACUCUACUCCACAACACGCCCCAACCAGCAGCACCCGGCAGCGAACCACCUCGGUGUCGGUGGGUGUUCCGGAGCACAUUGUCAAGGUGAAGCCACCACUGACCAUUGUGGGAGACGUCAGCGGACGCAUCGCCAUCAUGGUGGAUGACCUGAUCGACGAUGUCCAGGCCUUUGUGGCCGCCGCCGAGAUGCUAAAGGAGCACGGAGCCUGCAAGAUCUACGUGCUGGCCACGCAUGGUCUGCUUAGUUCGGAUGCACCGCGUCAGCUGGAUGAGUCGCCUAUUGAUGAGAUCGUUGUCACCAAUACCAUUCCACACGAGAUCCAGAAGCUGCAGUGCCAUAAGAUCAAGACGAUCGACAUCUCCAUUCUGAUUGCUGAGGCCAUACGCCGCAUCCACAACAAGGAGUCGAUGUCCUAUCUCUUCCGCAACGUAACGCUGGAGGAUUAGGACGCAUAUCCACACACACAAACACUCACAGCCCCUAGUUCACCGCUUGAAGUCACAAAAAUAGUGUUGCAACCGGCUCCGUCAUGGGCCGGUUUUUGUUUGUUUAUCGCUUUUAGACCAUCAUUGGAAAGUGCGCCCAGCGGGCGUUUGCUCAAAUAAAACCAAAAUGAAUGAUCCAACAUACUGUAGCAUACUUAUAGGCCCCACACUAUACUCUACACUGUGCGUUCAUCGAAGGUUAAUCACUUUCUUCUAGUUAUUAAGUCAAAGAUCCCACAACUUUGUCCAAAUAAAAGCUGAUUGUACUCAA